AUGUGUACAGAAUCAUGUAUAUUUUUUGUAUAUAAAUCUGUUGAAAUAUCUAUCUAUCUAUCUAUCUAUCUAUCUAUCUAUCUAUCUCAGUCUGUCCCCAUGUAUCUAUCUAAUUCUGUUCAUAUCUAUCUAUCUAUCUAUCUAUCUAUCUAUCUAUCUAUCUAUCUAUCUAUCUAUCUAUAUAUAUAUAUAUAUAAACGGUCCUUUUUUUGCAUUCUUUCUUAUCCUUUUCUCUCAUCUUUUCACCAUUUUUUAUUUUGUUCUUUUCAUUCUCUUCCUCUUGUUUGCUCCGUCUUUUCUCUUUCUUCAGUCUUUUUCUUUUUGUUUUCCUUCAACGAAAAAAUGAGCAAAGUGAUUUUCAUAUUCAUUGCCAUUUUUCUUCUUCUCUUUUCUUCUUCUUCUUCAUUUUUCUCCCUUGUCCAUCGUUACUUUUCUUUACACUUUCUUGCAUUCUUUAGCCUCCUGCUUUCUUCCUCUUUUCUUUUUUUCUCUAAUUUCCUUAUUUCUCCUAUUCUUUUUCGUUUUUUUUUAUCUUCCCAUCUCUCUCUCUCUCUCUCUCUCGCUCUCUCUCUCUCUCUAAUUCCCCUUCUUUCCUUUCCCCUCCUCUUCAUUUGUCAAGAAACUUUCAUACCACAUGAAGUUUUCGGUCGUUUUUUUUCUCUCGCUUUCUGUGUAUCUUCUCUUCAUUCCCUACGCGCCCCACCAAAUACAUUUACUUUUUUAGAAUUUUGA